AUGAUGCGCUACGUGCUGUGUAUCCUCGCUCUCCUGCUCUCCUGUGCGUGUGUGCACGUCCUCGCUGAAGAAGUGCCUGCCGCCGAUCUUUCCGACCAAGUCCCUGAUACGGAGAGUGAAAAUAAAGAUGUUGGUGCUGGUGGUGCAAGGGUUGAAAGGUUGGAAAGUCGUCCUGGGGAAUCGGGUACAUUGCCACAAGAUCAACUUGGAGGAAAGUCACCGCAAGAAGUUAGUGUACAAAAUCCUCAGGGUCCCGAAGGUGAAUCUGGUGCCCCUGGUGGUUCUCAGUGCACUGCUGAUGGUACUACUGGGUGCCCUCCUGGUGGUCCUGCUGCUGGUGAAGCUCCUGGUUCUCCGUGCCCCAAUGGUGUUCCUGAAACUGCUACCACUGGUAGUACUGGUGCUUGUACUUCUGGACAACAACCAGCUCCAACUACAAAGGUACCAGAACCAACUACACCAAAGGAACCAGCUCCAACUACAAAGGUACCAGAACCAACUUCACCAAAGGAACCAGCUCCAACUUCACCAAAGGAACCUGAAACUGGUGGUGCUGACAAUACAAAUACUGAGAAUGCCAAUAUACCCAAUAAUGAUGAGGAAUCAAACUCAACCACCACCACCACCACAACAACAACACUUCCUCCUGAACUCACAAACAACAAGAAGGGUGAUGCAGACAGCAGCAGCAGUAUCAGCAGUUCUGUGUGGGUG